UUUUUUUUCCUUGCCCUGCCGGCUCAUCCUUCCUGUCCCCCUCUCCUCCCGCUUUUCUCCUCUGCCCCCCCUUUUCUCCCGUGAAGUGCGAAGAUGGGUGCCAUGACCUUCGUCGGCUGCCUGCUCACGGCGUACUCGGCUCCGGCGUACCUCACCUGGCGCCACAUCUUGCCGCAAUCUCUCCGAGUCAUUCUCAUGAUGACUGGGAUGUUCAUCUACCUGUUGGGAGUAUUCCUGGCUUCGCUGUUUUGGUUUGCCGUGGUCCCCCUCCGACAGAACCUCUGGUUCAGCAUCCCCUUCUCGGUGGGCUUCCAGUUUCUUGCGCGCUACGCCUAUUACAGGCUAUAUAUGCGCAUCGGGAAUGGCAUCAAUGCCAUCUCCGACAACCCGGCCAACAAGUGGAACGGCCUGGAUUAUGCCUUUGUGGGCGGCCAUGGCUUUGGCCUCAUGUCGGCUCUGGUGAUGAAUGCUGCCGCCCUGGCCGAAUCUCUGGGCCCGGCCUUUGUGCCUUGCGCUUCGUGUCCCUCCCUUUCGUCGUUCUUUGUUUACGCCAUCCUCGCCCUCUACUUUUGGUACAUCCACAUCCUGAUGAUGCCGCUCUGUAUGAACGCAUUCUCGCGGCAGCCCCCUCGCCGGGCGAUCUUCCGCGUGGCGACUCUCUACUUGACGCAAACGGGCGCCUCCUAUGCCACGAAUCUCUUCCACAAUGCGCCUGGCCUCGUGGCAGGCGUCGGCAAUGGUGGUCCCUGCUCCAUUGCCUUCCUGGUGAUGAUUGCCAUUGCGGUCGGCCUGUCCUUCGAGGCGUGGCGCGUCCUCGACCGGGCUACCAUGCGCUGAGCGCGGGGAUCCCCCGAGGCGAGCGGGGGAUGGGGGAGUCCGCACACACGCGCGUGCGUGCCCUCCCAGUUCUUGCCUCCCCCCCCCCCCUCAGGCCUUUGCCCUGUGUACAACGGGGGCCUUCGCCCUCCGAGCCAUGUCACCCGCAUCCGCCGGCACCUGGGCCCCCCAGCUCCCUUGCUCUUGUCCCAAAUGCACACAAUACACUGCCGCUCCUUGCAACUGCCAAUGUACUCUGCCCUCCCGG